AUGGCCAGCGCACUCUUGAUUCGAGAUGCAGCGACACCGGAUCUCGGAAAACCGCAAUUGGCGUCCCACGCAUGGCUUGAGCCCAUUGUGGUUGUGGGUAUUAUGGUGGGAUCGUUGAUUGUGAAUCGCCGCCGAGACUCGAGCAAGAACCACUAUACCCUUUUGGAAGAGGGCAAUGCUCAUUUCAACGAGGUUCAGCUCGCCAACGACGUGCAAACCAAAUCCGAACAUGUAUACGGGAUCAAGAUCGAGAAUCGAGACUCUUCGCGCUGGGCGCACCACUUCCACAGCAGAAUCCUGCAGAAAAUCCCAUUCUUGGUCGAGAUGUUCUACUGGAUCAUGAACUAUCUGUUCUACUCGGUGACAAAGGCGACGGCGCAGUGGCUUUCUCCUGCGGACAUCGGCGUUGUCGCGGUGGCACGAGGCCAUGCCAUCGACGUUCUCAACUUCGAACAUAAAACCGCUUCUUGGAUAUUCCCGAUCAAGGAAGCCGAUUUCCAGUCCUUUUUCAUUCAAAAUCACCCCUCGAUCUUGACUAUGUUCAAUCGUAUCUAUUCCUUAAUUCAUAUUCCCGGCACAGUGCUAUUCCUCUCCUGGUACUACUACGUCGCCAAAAACCAUGCCUCCUUCGCCAUCGCCCGACGCACAAUGACCCUCGGAAACCUCGCCGCCUUCUUGGUAUUCUGCGUCUACCCCCUCAUGCCACCCCGACUCCUUCCCGACUCCUAUGGCUUCUACGAUACCGUGCGCCAAGGUAACGCAGAAAGCAUCUGGGUGGGCGGAAAAUCAGUCAACCAAUUCGCCGCUAUGCCCAGUCUACACUUCACCUACGCCUUCGUGAUCGGGUGCACAUUCCUCCACCACUCCGGAUUCCUGCAGAGACUCCAAGGCAAGCCGACGCAAAAGUCACGGCUGACUGAAUAUGGGUUCUUGACCCUCGCUAUCUGCUAUCCGAUUCUCGUGCUGAGUGUUAUCGUUGCCACGGCCAAUCACUACUGGCUCGAUGCCGUUGUGGCCAUCUUUACGGUCACCCUAUCCUACCGCUUUAACAGAAUUCUCAUCUUGCUGCUUCCGCUUGAACAUGCACUAUGUUGGUGUCUGCGCCUGGCAAAGCCGGUGCCUACCACCGGUGACAGAGCUUUGAGGAGUUGA